GCCACAAAAGGAUUGAAUAAAUCUUUUGUUGGUGUUUGACGAGAGAAGAAGAUAUGGGUGAUGCAAAAGAAAUGGUUAAGUCAUCUGGUGUCGGCAUUGAAGGAAGGACGUCUCCUUACUAUCUAGCCCCCUCAGAUAAUCCAGGAACCGCAAUCAGUCCGGUGGUUCUGAGCGGAGACAAUUACGCGGAGUGGUCGUCGGAACUUGAAAACGCUUUAUGUGCAAAGCGGAAGUUAGGUUUCGUUAAUGGAAAUUUGGUGAUGCCAAACGAGAAGGAGAAUCCCGUAGAAGCAGAGAUGUGGCGAACUGCGAAUUCAAUGAUCGUUGGUUGGAUCAGGGCUUCAAUCUCCCCUGUUAUCAGAUCAACGAUUCCAUUCACACCUGAUGCGUGCAAGAUGUGGACGGAGCUUAAGAAGAGAUUCUCAGUGGGUAGUGCUGUACGAGUGCACCAGCUCAAGGCGGAGCUAGCCUCGUGUAAACAGAAUGGUUCGAGUGUCUUGGACUAUUUUGGAAGGUUAUCCCAGAAGUGGGAGGAGUUGUUGAACUGUAAGCCUAUUCCAACAUGUACGUGUGCAGCAUCUGGAGUUUAUGCUAAAGAAUAUGAAGAGGAGAAGGUUCAUCAGUUUCUGUUGGGACUUGAUGAAGCAAGAUUUAGCAAUGUGUGCACAAACAUUAUUGGAAUGGAGCCACUGCCCGAUCUCAACUCUGUGUAUCAGCGAGUUGUUCGAGAAGAGAAGAGAAUUGGUGGUGCUCGUGUUGAAGCCAAGGAAGCUCCAGUCGGGUUCGCUGCUACUGCAAAAGAAGCACAUGACUCGGCUUUAGCUAUGGCUGCAGUCACUAGGAGUCGGAGUGCUGUGGUGUGUGGUAACUGUGGAAGGAAUGGGCAUGAGAAGAAGGAUUGUUGGCAGCUCAUAGGUUUCCCGGAAUGGUGGACUGAGAGAAAUCAGUCGAGUGGUAGAGGAGGAAGAGGCAGAGGACGAGGAAGAACAAACUCAUCCCGAGCCAAUGCAGUACAAGGAUCUGGUGCGUCUUCGUCUAACACCAAGGGAGAGGCUAGUCAGGGCCUAAGUGCAGAGCAAUGGGCGUGUCUCACAUCCUUACUCGAACAACAGAAACCAGCUUCGGUACCAGACAGGCUAAACGGACCGUUUUACGAGGACUCUGAUUGGAGCCGGUGAAGUCAAAGAUGGUGUUUAUGUUUAUCGGGAUGUAACAGUAGCGAGAGGUCACAGAGUGAAGGCUUCCGAGG